UUUUCGUGUAUAUAUGUAUGUACCUUUUUAAUAUUUACACACAUGUAAAUGAUAAAUUAAUCGCUCAAUUCAAAUCAAAGUUUUAUGGAAUACUAAUUCUUUUUGUUCGACGCUGACGAACUGUUCACCAUUUAACUGGGCCAUGUGUCCCAAUCAGGAAGUGGAUCGUAGCCUCUUGCCCGACUGCCACAUUGCUAAUCGCGUGUUCAUGUAUUCCAUGCUGGACUAUCUGCAUUCGGGGGAGCGGCGCAGCGAAGAUGUGCAUGCCGAGUUACGUGAUCGCUAUGAGGUAUUUUGCCAAGUGCUUCACAACUUUCCCAUUCCGUUGCACGAUGAACUCGACGCUGGUUUUGAACUUCGAGUGGGGAGCGAUAACAACAACUAUGAGUGCUUUUCCGAAGCACUUCAGCAGCUCUAGUUCCAAGACGAGUCGACAAGGAUAUUGUUCAGUUGGUAAGCGAGGAUAAGAACUUACAGCAGUGAUGAUGAGAAACAACCAAGCUGUGUAAAGUUAUCUUCGCCUGUUUUCGAUUUUCUUGCUUUUGGUAAAAGUGUAUAAAAUGUCGUUUAAUGUAAUGAAAGUAAAAUUAACAAUUAAAUACAACCAACAAAAAAAAAA